ACUCACUCUCUCUCAAUCUCUCACUCUCACCCCACUCCCUCUCUCUCUCUCCCUCUGUCUCUCACCUAACUGUUUGGUCCCCUGUGUGUGUUUGUGUGUGUGUGUGUGUGUACAAUGACUCUUGGGACGAUGGACAACGUGGAGGUGUUUGACGCCGGGGUGAAGGGCCGGGGACUGAAGGCCACCCGGGACCUGUUGGCCGGGGACGUGGUGUUCGCUGAGCCCAGCUUCUCCGCCGUGGUCUUCGACAGUUUGUCCACUGCGGUGUGCCACAACUGCUUUCGGCAGCAGGCCAACCUCCACCGCUGCGUUCAGUGUAAAUUCGCCCACUACUGCGACCGCACCUGCCAGACCGCCUGCUGGAACGAACACAAGAAGGAGUGUGCCGCCAUCAGGAGCAGCGGCAGCGCGCCCAGCGAGAAUGUCCGCCUGGCGGCGCGCAUGCUGUGGCGCAUCCAGAGGGACACGGGGGUGGUCUCGGACGGUCAGCUGACCUCGGUGGACGAGCUGGUGGACCACGUGUCCGACCUGACCGACGAAGACCGCGAGGAGCUCCAGAUCGACGUCCACAACUUCAUGGACUUCUGGCCCAAGAACCCCCGGAAGCCGCAGCCAGUGGAAUACAUCUCACACAUCUUCGGCAUUAUCAAGUGCAACGCCUUCACCCUGAGUGACCAGAGGGGUCUUCAGGCUGUGGGCGUCGGCCUCUUCCCCAACCUGUGUAUGGUCAACCACGACUGCUGGCCUAACUGCACCGUCAUCCUCAACCACGGCAAUCAGUCAGCCUUGAACCCUGCCCUCCACUCCAAGAGAAGGAUUGAGUUGCGUGCCCUGGAGAAGGUUGCGGAGGGUGUGGAGCUCACAGUGAGCUACGUGGACUUCCUGAACCUGUCUGCCGAGCGCCAGCGCAUACUGAAGAAGCAGUACCACUUCAACUGCACCUGCAAGCACUGUACCGAGCAUAUUAAAGAUGACCUGAUGAUGGCCGCCAAAGAGGGGGAGGGAAGCAAACCAUCUGCUGAGCUCAUCAAGCAGGUGACCACCGCCAGUGAGGAGUGUCUGGAGAAGGUGGCAAAAUGCCGUCUCCAGGGAGACUUCCAUGGGGUUGCCAGGUUGUGCGGGGAGUGCCUCUCCGCCCAGGAGAACGUCCUGGCCGACACCCACCUUUAUAAGCUCCGCCUGCAGAGCACCGCCAGCGAGGUGCUCUCCUACAUGCACGCCUUCGCUGAGGCCGCCGCGUACUCCCGCAAGACCAUCGACGGAUACAUGGCGCUGCAUCACCCCACCAACGCCCAGCUGGGCAUGGCCAUCAUGCGGGCCGGCGUGACCCACUGGCACGCGGGCCAGAUAGAGGUGGGCCACGAGCUGAUCUGCAAGGCCUACGGCAUCCUCCUGAUCACCCACGGGCCCAACCACCCCAUCACCCAGGACCUGGAGUCCAUGCGUAGGCAGACGGAGAUGGAGCUGAAGAUGUUCAAGCAGAACGAGGAGGUGUACCGCACCAUGAGGGAAGCGGCUCUGAAGAAGCAGCCAGCCAAGGCCAUGGCAGAGAACACCUCCACUGAGGAGAAGAUAGAGGACGUCUCCCGCAAGCAAUAAACUAACCACGCUUUUCUGUGAAUUUACAACCACGCUCCCAUCUUCUUUAGGACUUAAGCGAUCACCUUAAGGCCCUUUGAACACCUAUUUUCGCCUCUGUGACAAAGGUCUGUGCUCUGACUGGCUGGCUGGUGUACAUUGUUUUUGAUGCACUGUUCUGAAGCCUCAAAACUCUGGUGUCUGUACCAACGUUGUGGAGUGUGGAGCUGCAAUAAUAAAAGAUGAAAGUUUGCCGUUUAUAAA